CGGUGCGCGCGGUUGCUGCGGUGACGCGCGGGACAGGCCCCGGUGCCGGCGGCGCCGCGCCCGCCCCGCGAACUCGGAGCGCUCGCUGGCUGUCUUCUUUAACUGUAUUUUGGAUGGGAUUUUCUUUUCCUUCAUUGCCAUCUAUAGAAACUGAUGACUAUUUUUAGUGCAAGGCUCCAUAUAUCACAAGAUGUCCUUCUGCCUGACUGAGAUGUUUCUGUGGUCUUUGAAGACCAACUUACGUAUUAGAGAUGAAGACAUUGGGAUCCACCAGUACUAUGACAAGAAACAACCAGCUCGAGAUUAUCCUUGGAUCCUGAAAACCAAGCGAGCGGACAAACUGCGAGACGCACUCAAGGAGGUAGAGGACUUAAUGCAGUACAGUCCAUGUGUGCUGAGCAAAUGGAAGAACAAACAUACCUGUCAGCUCCUCUUUCACUCAGGUAUUUUGGUGUCCCUAAGCCUUUCUGGGCCACAGCUGGAGAAGGUGGUGAUUGACAGGACCCUGGUGGGGAAGCUCAUCUCCGACACCAUCAGUGAUGCUGUUCUUACAGACAAUUUCAUCAUCUUGUCAUUUGAGGACCAUAACCAACUCUGCUUUAUUCAGUUUACAAAGAUGAUGGAUUCUCCUGAUGUAAACAAAAGACUGGAAAAACUCUCUUCUUUGGACUUUAAGAUUUCUUAUGUUGAUAUACUUGGACCAGAAGGUAGAAGGAUGAAACGUCACCUGGCAAUAAACUGUAUGCAAGAUCUGGUCAUUUGCUGGUGGUCAGCAACCAGUGAUGGAGCAUGGCCUUGGUCUCCUAUUUCCUGUCAGAGGGACAGAGCCAACCUAUUGCUAUUAGGCUGUGCACAUGGCAAAUUGGAGGUGCUGAGUUACGUCCGCAUGGAGUGGGAGCCCCUGGAUGCCAGGUUCAGCUCUGUCCAGCCCCGGCAGGUGCUGACUGUGGAGCGCUCGGUGUCCGCAGCCAAGGAGCCCAUGGCCGACAGCUGCGUCUACAAGUGCGUCAGGAACCGAAUCCAGUGCGCCGCCGUCACCAGGGUCCCCCUGCGAGCCAGAGCCAUCAGCUGCUGCAGGGAUGUGACAGAAGACAAACUGGUGCUGGGCUGUGAAGACUCCUCAGUAGUUCUGUACGAAGCCUACAGCCAAGUGACUCUGUUGGCCCAGGCAGAGCUGCUCCCUGCUGUAAUAACCUACCACCCUUCUGGAGCCCUGCUGGUGGUUGGCAGCUCUCAAGGGGAGCUGCAGCUUUUUGACACGGCACUGUCCCCAAUUAAAAUUCAGCUCUUGGCACAGGAAUAUUCACCUGAGGCAACUCUGCAGUUCAGUAAACACUGUGAUGUGCCCACCAGCCUCAUCCAGAUCCAGUGGGCUGCUCCUCCAGUUGCAUUUCCCAGUCCUGACAGCAUGGACAUUCAUGAUCUUUUGUUGGUUAGAUUUGAUAAAGGACCCUUGGGAGUGCUUCACUUUAAACUUGGUGUACUCACAAGAGGACAACUGGGCCUUGAGGAAAUCAUCCACCAGUACAUUCGUAAUGAUGAGAUACAGGAGGCAAUUAAUGUCCUGAGCACCAUGAACUGGAACACCAUGGGUCAGCGGUGCUUUAUCUGCCUGAGUGCCAUUUGCAACCACCUCCUUAAACAAAGGCUUACACCAGCCAGAGAAGCACAGCUUGAGGCAAGCCUUGGAACCUUUUAUGCUCCAACAAGGCCUCUCUUGGAUAGAACUGUGCUGGAGUACAGGGACCCCAUCAGCAGAUAUGCAAGAAGGUUCUUCCACCACCUGCUCAGGUAUCAGAGGUUUGAAAAAGCAUUUCUGCUUGCUGUUGACAUCGGUGCUCGGGACCUGUUCAUGGACAUCCAUUACCUUGCUCUAGAUAAGGGUGAAUUGGCACUAGCUGAAGUGGCAAAGAGAAAGGCUAAUGACAUUGAUGCAGAAUCAAUAACUACUGGAAUUGAACUUCUGGGGCAGUCAGAUGAAGAAGACCCAUCUUGUGAUGGGUCUUUCCCUGACCAAUCUCCAGAGCAGAGAGGAGGAUGCAACCCGCCUGCUCCCAGCCCUGCCGACAGACCACCAACGCAGAGCUGCUCCCACAGGUGAGCUGUGAAUGGUUGCUGUGACUCACACAGCUCUGGCAGUCCCACGUCUGCCUUCGUCAGGCGUCUCGGGAGAGGCUGCGAGCUCAGCUUUGCCCGACUCCUGGGCUCCCCGCCUGACCGCGUUUGCCUGCGUUUUCCAAGACCCACCAGCCGCAGACAAGCAGAGGACACUGAGCGUGGAGCGGGUGGCCACAGCACCUCCCUGAUCAAGAAAACCUUUUCCAGCAGCCAGGAAGGAGACUGGAGACAGCGGGUCCCUCCAAAUUGUGCACUUUGGGCUGGUGUGACUGAGCUGCCAAAGCAGAGAAGAGGAAACCUCACCAAGGUGGUGAAGCUCACGGGAAGACCUUCGGCGAACUUCCAGCCAGCCCUAGGUCUGGCCACUGGCAGAUGACAAAACACCAGGCUUAGAAAAUAUCCUGUUCUUAGACCUCCAAAUUAUUUCUGGGUUCAUAUUGAUAUGUCCAUGCACAAAGUGCCCUGUGUUUGCUUGUGGAGGGCAACUUGGUGACAUUUUCAUCAAAG